GACAUAUGGAUUUAUAUCAAAUUAGAGAUCUUCGACUGUGGAUAUUAAUAAUAACUUGCUAAGUUAGAUCAUUUAAAUCAACAACACAAUUUUUUUCAAAAAUGUAAAUAAAGAAUCUUCAUACAAAAGAAGGGAAUCGCGAAAAUUAUCUUUAAGUGCAAAACACAUUAAAAAGAAAGAAAAAGAAAACAACAAAAAACAAAUAAAACAUUUCACACCGUGGGAGUUGAUUGGUUCCUCGAGACUGCUCCAUACUUGAAUGUGAAUCUCUUGCAUAACUUUUGACUCUCAAGAAGUUGCUCUGAAUAAAGCCUGCCACAAGUAUCGCAAAGUCAAUGAUGCCACAUUCAUAGCUGGAGAAGUCUUAAUGAUGUCUUCUUUUCCUUAUCUUUUGUUUUCUUACCUUUUUUUUGUAUAAUUUAAAGACGAAACAAGUGAAAGUAACUUUUUGAGUUUGUCAAUUUUAACUAAUUUCUGUGUUAUUAUUUUGAAUUAUAGAGCGCGCUGCAUGUCAUCAUUAAGUGUUUUUUUUAAGGUAAAGGAAAAACACCAACAAAAUAAGCAUAACCAAAGUCUUAGUGUCAUAAUGAUGAAAAUUAUCAAUAUCAAAUAAAAUGAUUGAAGCAUUCGCCAAUCACAUAGGAAGUCAUUUGGGACGUCAUUUACUUUAUUGGGCCACAGGUCAAUCGGAUGCUUCACAAAUUGGACGACAGUGUGUAGAUUUAUUAAAUAAAUUCCAUGGACCACUUGAACGCGGUGUUCAAGUACUAGAUCAUUUCUUAACACUGGACGAAGAGGACUUCAAUGUGCACUGGGGUAGUGCGUAUGCCCAUAACUAUGAGUCAACUAGUGAUGGGAAUAACGAAAGCCUGCAUAUGAUACGUGUUAAUAAUAUUAAUAAUAACAUUGCCAGUAACCGAAGGAAUAGCUAUAGAAAUAUUAGCAACAACGACAACGACACAAGACGCAUACAAAAUAGUUACAAUAAUAUGGAAACAAUCAACAAUGGAGGGAUAUUAUUAUCGCCCCCACACAAUUCUGCAACACAUCAGCCGCAACAGCAACAACAACAACAGCAAAAUCCACAACAGCAGCAACAACAACAACAGCAACAACACCAUCAGCGUGAUAAUAUUCAAAUCACACAACCAAUUAGUGUCCCAUCAUCACCGUUAGCAUCGCCUGGUGCCGUAAGCAGUUCACCAUCAUUUUGUCUUCCAUCAAGUAAUGGAUCAUCCAAUGCAGUUGAUACAGCCGAUCCAAAUUGGCAAGCAACCAAAGCAACUGUACUCGAGCGUAAUGCUGCCAUGUUCAAUAAUGAACUAAUGUCUGAUGUUAAAUUUGUUGUUGGUUCUGAUGAUAAUAUUCAAACAAUUCCUGCACAUAAAUACAUCCUCGCAACUGGAAGUUCAGUAUUUUAUGCAAUGUUCUAUGGAGGAUUGGCAGAAAACAAACAGGAAAUCAAAGUGCCCGAUGUUGAACCAUCAGCUUUUCUUACUUUAUUAAGAUAUUUGUAUUGUGAUGAAAUUCAAUUGGAACCUGAUAAUAUUCUGGCAACACUGUAUGCUGCUAAAAAGUAUAUUGUACCGCAUUUAGCAAGGGCAUGCGUUAAUUAUUUGGAAGUUAGUUUGACGGCAAAAAACGCCUGUCUACUUCUCAGUCAAUCCCGUCUAUUCGAGGAGCCAGAACUGAUGCAGAGAUGCUGGGAAGUUAUAGACGCACAGGCGGAAAUGGCUAUUAAAUCAGAAGGCUUCGUAGAUAUCGACUUGAAGACUUUCGAAUCGAUUCUAUCACGAGAAACUCUCAACUGCAAGGAGAUUCAUUUGUUUGAAGCGGCUCUUAAUUGGGCCUUGAAUGCUUGUCAAAAGAUGGAAAUCGACACGACUCCUCAGAACAAACGCAACGUCCUUGGACCAGCUUUGCAUUUAAUUCGCAUUCCCACAAUGACUCUGGAGGAAUUUGCCAAUGGAGUCGCCCAAACAGGCAUCCUCACCUCCCCAGAGACAAUCGAUAUAUUUCUACACUUCACUGCGAAUGCCAAACCAAGUCUAAACUAUCCGACAAAAUGUCGUGCUGGACUGAAGACCCAGGUUUGCCAUCGUUUCCAAUCGUGUGCUUAUCGCUCCAAUCAAUGGCGCUAUCGUGGACGCUGUGAUUCAAUUCAAUUUUCGGUAGAUCGGAGAAUUUUCAUUGUAGGCUUUGGCCUCUACGGAUCGUCGACUGGUGCAGCAAAUUACAGUGUUAAAAUUGAACUCAAACGACUGGGCCGAACUCUGGCCGAGAAUGAUACCAAAUUUUUCUCCGAUGGAUCGAGCAAUACGUUCCACGUUUUCUUUGCCAAUCCCAUUCAAAUUGAACCCGAAUGCUAUUACACAGCAUCUGUGAUUCUCGAUGGCAAUGAAUUGAGCUUCUUCGGACAGGAGGGCAUGUCCGAAGUGUGCAUGGGUAAUGUGACAUUUCAGUUUCAAUGCUCGUCCGAAAGUACAAAUGGCACAGGAGUUCAGGGCGGACAAAUACCCGAAUUGAUAUUCUAUGGGCCAACGACCAAUUCACCAUUAAAUAGCCCAACAAAUUCACAUUGCACAACACCAUCGGCUAAUUGUGACGAGGGUGCAUUAGCUGCUAAUUAAUGAGUAUGGUAUGGAAGUGAAUAUAUAUAUUUCGUUUUUGUAACUUUACCUAAAUACCUACUCGUACUAUUUAAAAGAACAAAAGACUCGAAUAAGUUUGGUUUUCUUAUUUAAAUUUUUUAAUUAAUAAAACAAAUUAUAUUUUA